AUGCGACCGACAACGACGGCCAAUGGACUCUGGAGCCUGGGCUGGCUGGAGCCGAGGGGAAUCCCGAAGACUGGGUACUUGUGCAGGGUUCUGGCUGUGCAGGCCCAGAGCGAGAUUGUCAUUGACUCGGGCGCGGACAUUUCUGUUACGCCUUUGCGGCUGGCGGGGCUCGGCACUUCUACUCGGCGGUCUGGGGUUAUUAUGCAGGACGCCCAAGGCAACCGGAUUCCGGAAAUGCAGAGCCGAAUCCUCGACCUCGAGGUGGCCACUUGCGACAACCAGGUGGUGACGAUCAGGGAAAAGUGCAUUGCCCCGAUUGAGAAUGUUAUCCUCUCCCUUGGGCCUGGUGCAUUUCCCCAGACCCGCGCCGUGAACAUGAUGAGCUUUGAUGAUUUGGGCCCUUUGCCCAAAGGAGCAGAAGAGCUAGCCUGCAGCCCGGGAUGGCACAUUCUUCCAAGUGGCCUUCCCUUCCUGGUUUGCCAUAAGGUCGACGAGCUCUCCCUCGAGCAGAGCCUUUGGAAUGAUGGUGAUUGGGCUUGGCUUGCCGUGUUUGUUCGAGUUGAGGAAGCCAAGCGGCCACCACAGGAGGGCGGUGUCUGGAUGCAG